GCUUGCACUUGGGACUCAUUAAUAAUUUACUAAUCUCUCCUUCUAAGACUAACUCGGCACAUAUAUAAACGAGGCUCCUCUACUGUGAAUCUGUGAUAAGGCACUUGGGCGAUAUCACAACAUCACAGGACAAUUUCGAGGGGUGUAGCAGUGAAACAUUGAGCGAGAGCCUAAGACGCAAAGAAAAUGACUAAUGCUUCAGUGGAUUCGCAGCCCAUCUACUCUGAGGCGAGUAUCAUUGGUCAGGUUUGUUUCAAUAUAGUUAUCAUCAUCGCCGCUCUUUUAGGAAACUCGUUGGUGAUAGCCACCGUGUGUUGGACGAGGAAACUUCGGAAGCCGACGAACUAUUUCAUCGUUUCAUUAGCCGUAAGUGAUAUUUUUAUCGCCGCCACAAUAGUUCCGUUUAACACACAUCACAAUUUAAACAAUACGGUCUGGGACCUCGGGCUUGGCACCUGUAAAUUGUACAUCUUUAUGGACGCUCUUUGCAGCGCUGCCUCGACGACAAACGUUGCUGUGAUAGCAAUAGACAGAUUCCUAGCCCUGUCCUAUCCCUUUAAAUACCAGCGUCUUGUCAACGGUAAGCGGUCUGCCAUUACGGUCAUUUCGGUAUGGUGCUAUGCCACAAUACUCUCCUCCCUAUCUUUUAACGACUGGUCGGACGACGCGCGAAUGCUGGUUACGCCAGCAUGCAGAAAGAUCGAUAAAAUGUACUACAUACUUCUCACAUUACUCGGCAUGCUAUUGCCUUUGGUAGUCCUCGUCAUCGCAUACUCAAUGGUUUUUAAUCUGGCGCUUCGACAAGCAAUGAUGAUUAAAGCCCAAUCAACAGCUCACUCGAGGAAAACAAACGCCGAUUCGAAGUCGGACAAAUCAACACAAACGCGAAUGCUAAUUCGCGAACUCAAAGCUACGAAGACACUAAUGAUCGUUGUUGGGACAUUUCUAGUUUGUUGGUUUCCUCUGUUCGUGUUGUUGUUGAUUCAACAGAACUGUCCAGAGUGUAUCGGGAAGGGAUUAAGCUGGGUUGAACAGCAAAUAAUCGGUAUAAUAUUUGUCUACACGCUACCACGUCUAAGCAGCGCGGCAAACCCGAUAAUUUACUCGGUUUUCAACCGUGAAUUUCGUUCCGCGCUUUGCGCGCUGUGCGAUAGAAUUCUGGGAGUUUUGCUGCCGCGAGACAACGUCCGAGAUGGCGUCGUUCCGCACAGGAGUCGUGUUGGAUUUUGCGGAAUGCGCGCAGCGACAGACUAUACAAGCUCUACCCACGAUACUGCAACUUAUGAAGGUACAAACGAUUAUUUCAGAGUCGCCACUGUAAACAAUAACAGUCGCUCACCGUCUGUGUUUACUUACAAAUCGCCCGAGAUAGUAUGCCAUGAGACUGCAGUGUAAAUUCAACUUUAGUAAGUAUUGCGCCAUUAGUAAGUAUUGUACUAUUAUAGCGUUUUAACCUAAUAAACUUAUAUUUGAACGCUUAUCGAAAACGCUUGUGCUCUAUGAAGCAAGAUAUAUUCAAAGAUGGUUUAUAUAUUAGCGCAACUUUUGCUUGCACAAGCUUGAGUAAA